UCACAAUAUAAUCCGCCGGCCGCCGCCACCGUCCACCUCAUCCGCCCUAACCACCUCCUCCGCCCACCCACACACCCUUUGAUCUACCUACUAAAUAAACAAAUACAGAGAUAAAUCAAAGAGGAAACCCUGCUGUGCAUAUAUUGCAAAGCAAAGCAGCUUUCAAGAAAGAAAGUGUCAGAAAAGUAUUUGUAUCUAAUAUUCAUCGUUUUAGGUGGAAAAAGGUUAUCUGGUCCAGAAGCCCACUGCACACAUGUUUCCAGCAACCAACGAAAACCCUAAUUUUCUCCUCCACCAAAACCCUAAUUCUUCUACAGCAGACGAAGAUCCUCCCUUCUUAUACUUCCCUUCCCCAUUUCUCGACGAUCCGCCCCUAUCUCAAAUAUUUUCUCAUCAUCAUCAUCAUCACCCACAGCAGCAGCUGAAGCCUAAGCUUCUUCAGCCUGAUAAUGGCGAAGAACCCAAGAAGAGAAGUGUGGGUUUAAAGCCGAGGAAGAGGACGGGGAAGAAAGACAGGCACAGCAAGAUCAAGACGGCGCAAGGGGUGAGAGACCGGAGAAUGAGAUUAUCAGUGCAGAUUGCUCGCAAGUUCUUCGAUUUGCAGGAUAUGUUGGGCUUCGACAAGGCGAGCAAAACCAUAGAAUGGCUGUUUUCCAACUCCAACAACGCAAUCAAAGAGCUCUCCACAAAGCAUAACAAUAAUGGCGGCGCCUCAUCAUCGAGUACUGAAGGUGAAAUAAUAAAGUCAGCCAAGGAAGACAGCUCGAAGACUGCAGAGUGUAAUAAUCUGCAAGCGAGGGAGUCAAGAGAGAAGGCAAGAGCUAGGGCUAGGGAGAGAACCAAGGAGAAAACCAAACAGUUUUCUUCAAACCCUAACAAUAAUAACGGUCUGGAGAUGAUGGAGGAAUUAGGGUUUCCUCCUUCAAACCCUAGCCCUUUUCUUGAAGAAGAACCAAAUUCUUCAUCUUAUGUUACUAAUAAUCUGGAUCUUGUUCAAGAAAAGAGGUCCCCCCAUGAAGCUACUGACUCCAUAGCUUCCAUAUUCGAGUGCUAUCACAACCUCUAUGCUGGGAUCUCAGAUUCCCCCAACAGCUUCAUGGGAAAUUUCCUUGGCAAUUGGGAUCUUGACACUGAUCCCAGAAUACUCAUCUCCCCCUUUUCAGGUAACCCAGACUCAAACAUUAUUUAACUCUUUAGGUUUGGGCAGAGACCCUAGAGUCUGGGCCCAGUCCAACAUCCUACCAUCAAAAUGUAGCGUUGACUGCUACAUAAGUAUUUACUAGUAGCUAUAUCUUUCGGCCUGCGUGUGGGGUAAGCGUUUGAUCCUCGCAUAUGAUCUUAUCGUCCCCAAUAUUUAUAAGUUUGUAUGCAUUACCUUGAGAUAGUGUUAAGACUAUAUAUCUUUUUAAGUCAUGUUGAAUCAUAUAUCAUAUUAUGUAGUGUUGCAAAAUUUGAAUUGGUGAGCUUCUCCUUGUUGUUUGAUGUGGAAAAACAAGACAUUUAUGCUACCCAGAUCAGAAUAAAUAAAUCUGCCAGUUGUUCA